CAACAUAACCUUACCAAGAUUUUUCAACGACGUAAUUGCAAUGACAUGAAGUAGUCCAGACACAACGUGACAGCUGUUCUAUUGCAUUUCUCGUACCUGAACCUUUCUUCUUUAGUUUCCCAAGGACCCAUAAACUUACUACCAAACUAGCGGAAUUUCCACGAAAGAGUUUUACAGACGUGAUAGUAAGCAGAGUAAUUAACUUGCAUGUAUUAGAAAAAGAAGCCAUGGGGACUGCUGGAGAGUGGGGAUCACCAAUCUUCUUCAUAAACAUCAGAGAAAUUUUCAGUUCCGUUCGAAUUAAUUACAGUUGUAGGUAUUAAAAACUAAUCAAUUACUUAUCACCAAGUCGUUUUAUUCAGUUUAAAUAGGGUGAGAAGGAUGUCUGAGUAAAAAUAUCUGCAAAAGAAUAUUGAAUGUUUUUCAUUUGAAGAUGAAUCAACAAAAAAGCCUACAGGUUCUUCCUCCUGAUUUGGAAAGCCAAUUUAUUUUGAGAUUACCUCCAGAACCAGCUAAGGUUUUAAAGGAAUUAUUAAAGCAUGAUCAUUUAUUAAAAAAUAGAUUAUCCAUUAAAAUUAAUGAUGAUAUGAGGUAUGGCGAAAUUAGGUUGGAUAACUGGAUAUUACAUGCAAAGGUUGUUGAUUUACCAACAAUUGUGGAAUCUCUAAAAACUAUGGAUCAUAAAAGUUUUUAUAAAACAGCUGAUAUUUGCCAGAUGGUCAUUUGUAAAGAGGAAGAUGAUCGUAUAAUCGAUGAAAAAGUGCAAGUAGAACAACCAAAACAAAAAGAUUCGAAUAAAGUUGAUCGACAAUUUUGGUGGCCACAUGGUGUUACACCACCGCUGAAGAAUGUUAGAAAAAGAAGAUUCAGAAAAGUAUUGAAGAAAAAAAUUGUCGAGACCCUUGAGAUAGAGAAAGAGAUUAAAAGAUUAUUACAAGUCGAUAAUGAUGCAGUGAAUGUUAGAUGGGAAGUAAUUUAUGAAGAAAUAGAAGAUAUCAAAUCUAGCAAAUGCUCCAAUUCUGAAAUUAUGAAUGAAAAAACAGAAACAAACAGUUCAUUUCAAAGUGUCGAUCUAAUAUCUCGUAAUACAGUCGAACAUGAUAUAUUUGGUGAAGCUAUAAGUGACAGUGACGAUGAGAAUGAAAAAUUGAAAAUUGAUCAGAUAGAAUUGGAUGAAAGUAGUCAAUUAUCUAUUGACAGCCAGCAUUUUGAUUUCAAUUCAAAUCAGGGAACCGAUUCUCAGCAAUCUCAACAGAGUACUGAUCGUUAGGUGAAGUAUUUACAGAUAAUAUUUACAUACUUCCACAUUGAAGUUAGUUUAAUGCCAUACCUUUAUAUAUAUAUAUAUAUAUAUAUAUAUAUUUAUUCAAGUAAAUAAAUAUAAAUCGUUGAAUUGAUCCAUCAUUUCUAUAAUAUUUACGAAUUAAUCAACUGA